AUUGAUUCCCUAAAAUCCUUGAUUCCCCUUUUUUCGUAUUUUAUUAUUGUGGGCUAUGUUUCUUGAUUGGAUCGCACAGUUACGAUUGCUUCAACAUGACAUACAAACGAACAUCUUGGGCUCACUUCCUUUAUCUGUUCGCAGAGUCUUGAUUUCAGAGAUUACGACCUUUCUACACCCGCCAGCUAAUAAACAACCCCCCGAUCCUGCUCUAUUCGCUUCACCUGCCCACGUCAAAUGGUUCAUGGAAGUGAUUGGGCAGAGUUUUAAUUUACCUCUAGAAGAUAUGGCCAUCACUUCUGACGAUAUCGACAUCUAUGCACGAUGGCUAUUUGAACAACAUACUCGGCCUAUCGCUGUCGUUCAGGAAGGAUUGGAGCAGGAAUUUUAUCAAAUCAUUUUUCAUCAAUACUCUUUAUUAUUUCAACCACGCAUCACACGUCCCUUUAGCUGCAACCAAACAAUCAAAGAUACCCUUACGCCUCUCGUUCAGCGACACGUCGAAUUAUGUAAAAAGACGCUCAAAGUAUUUGUCAUGGCAGCAAGGACACUCAAAUUCUCUGAAGAGACUUGGUCAGUGACUCUGAAAGUCAUGCUUGGUAUUACGGAUUAUCUUUUGAAGGAGCCUACAGGUGAGGCAUCCGGCAUGAUAAAUAUGGCAGAUGAAUUAUGCGAUACUCUAUUACAGGCCUUAUUUGAAUUGUGGCUAAGAUCAAACGUGAUGGAUGUCGAAAUGUGGGAUAUACUAAAGACUUGUUUCAUGCGCUGGACACAUAGGCCAAAGGCAAUACAACAAUGGUCAUCUUUAUCCUUGGCAUUGACCAAGCGAGUACAAAGCAUCAUUGGCGGAGAAGGCACCGACGGUGUAUACGUGAGUGAGCCUAAUAUUAAGCUAGAUCUACCUCCAGACUUUGUUUGCUAUGCCUGGCACCGUGUACUCUAUCUGAUCCCUCAUCCACUUCAGUUAACUCCUACCAAUUUUACUCUCACUAUGUUAGGCAUCCGCCAACUAGUUGACACACUCUCCCACACACCUUCUUCGUCCGACGGCAAUACUCUCCUGCACAUGUUUGGCACCUACCUUUUUGAUGCUGCAUCACGUGCAUCAUCUCCAUCUCUCGACACAGAGUCUCUUCGCGGCUGUGCCGAGGCCUUUGUCACGCUCUGCGCCAUCUUUUGCCAGCCUCAGAGAAGACAGCCUUUCCUACGUACUUAUAUUGAAAAGUUUUACGCUGCUCUCUUAGUCGGUGUUCAAUCACAUGCCUGCCUGCCUACCAUUCUCCUGUCCUGCACAGAGCUCUUUGCUGCUGAUUUGGAAGGUGUACGAAUCUUGGUGCCUGAAUUCAUCAAGGCGAUCAAGAUGGUUCUUCCCAAACUGCGUAUCGAGUGUAAGGUGCCCGUGGAUCAAUUAAGAUGGGCAGCGAUUAAAGUGCUUAGUACGGUCAUGUGCUUGCCAAAUCAUAUUCAUAAAGUCGAGUUACAGCAGCGAGAGGAUAGCGCUGAUCAAGUCACUUUGGCUGGUGAUCAAGAGCAAAUUGUUGCUCAGUUGAUACGAGUACUCUACGCUGAACCACAAGAAGAAGUGACCGAUAAGCCAACGUUAUCUUUAAAAUAUUAUAUACUUGAAAUACUCUUGACAUCACUUCGUACAGAAACUUCGUCUCACAACAUGAGGUAUAUUCUUCAUUUAAUUAAUGUCUAUGUCAUUGAGGAUGUACCCUUCUGUCCGGGACUGGUUGGUACUGUAGUCAAGUUGAUUCAGGACAAGAUUCUCACCAUGCAACUACCCAACGAUGUCAUCUUUGUCGCCUUUGAUGUACUGAUGGACUUUGUAGAUUUGUAUGAUUUUGUAAAGAGAGACAGUAAGAACGUGGCAAGAGAGCUUGUGCUUGCGUUAAGUAGAUAUGUAAAUACACUGCUGCAAACAGGUAAUCUCGUCAAUACCUAUGGGCUUAUUGUACAGGCUUAUGAAUGUAUGAUUCGCUGGGUGCUUGUAAGUCAAUGGAUCAUUGGCGAUAAAGAUUGCUGCAAGGCAGUCAUAGAGACGCUAAGCAAAGGCAUUACUAUUCUUGAAAAGGAUACUCAUACAGUGGUACCACCUAAUACAUCCGAGCAGCCACCGAUUGUGCCUCCUGAGAAGAAGAAAAGAAGGGAUACGGGACUCAUGCCACCCAAGCAGCUCUUUCAACUUCCUCCUCGUGUCAACAAGGGGGCACAUCAGACAACACCGUCAAACAGCAAUACGUCACAGCAUGAGCCUAGCCAUGCACCACCAACCGACACUUCUCGACCUGCUAAAGAAUAUAUUGCUAUACGAAGGGCAGCACAAUACUGCAUGUCUUUGUUUGUAAAUCAGCUUGGCCGGUUUGCACUUCCUAAUGAACUGGACGAUGCUCGACCAGAAAUGGCUGACGAUUUACAUCAACUCAGACUUUACAAAGAAAAACACGGUACCUAUGAACGCUGCCCCAUUCGUUGUUUUAUGCUGAGCGAUCGAACUCUUUUGACCAUUAUGGACACCACAAGUCAUAUACCCUCUAUCUUGGUCGUCGUUCGAGAUACUACAGGAAAGUAUGCGUGGUCUAUUGAAACUCGAUAUAUGGAUAAGCCAUUUGAGCCCUCAAACCAGACUGAUCCGCCCAAGCAAGAGCAACAGCGACAAUAUCAGACGACUCAACCUACGCUGUCGACCAAUAAACGUGUGACCGUACCUAAAGCUACAGCCGUAAACGAAGCAGAAAUGCCGAACAUGGAAAAGUUAUUCGCGCCUCAUUCUGACAAUUGGAAGGAGCUAGAGACAGUCAAAGUUUUGAUAGACAGGCAGCUGAAGGCAGAAACAACCCAAAAAAAACCCGUGGCAACAGUAUGUCGAACUUUACCCGCUUGUACCAAGGUGGAUUAUGAACUUCCGAGAGGAUUCAGACUGUUCUUGUCUCAGCUUGGAUUCCUUUUACCACAAAACCGUGGACAUAUCAUUCCGUUAAAAAUGAAUGAUACCGUUGUUUCUGAAAUGGAGGCAUUAGACAUGUUGAGCGAACGCGAUUGUAUAUCUGUCACUGUGUAUUAUGCAAAAUCUGGAGCCACAACAUGGUCUGAACUUGUAGAGCAAUUACCUACACCUAAUGAGCGAUUUCAACAGUUUAUUCAUUGUCUUGGCUGGACUGUGGAUCUUGAAAGCCACAAGGGUUAUAAAGGACGGCUGACACCGUCUGUUUGUGAUACGACCACUUAUUAUUCUGACAGAAUCGUCGAGUUUGUUGCUCAUAAUCCUUACUUUUUGAAACGGCCUGUAGAUGGGACCAAUGUGAACAGUUUACAUCAGCAGGCAACAGUCGAUGAUCACACAUGUAUUAUUUGGAUAGAAGAUUUGGCAGACUAUCAGACUUUGGCAGAGCGUAUUAAGCAAAAUGCAGCAACUAACUCGAAGCUAAUGGUUUAUAUAUUUAUUAACCCACUUAAACACACAUCAGAUACACUCUAUUGGAUCCGUAUUUAUGUACCAUCCAAGGGAGCCAGUCAACGCCUUUAUGAGAAUAUGAUGAUACUUGGCCCACUUGUAGAUGGCAUUGUCGUCAGCCGACAUGCUUUAGGAUCUAUGGUUCGAAGAACAGCGAUCUCUGCUCAUCAAGCAUGUAGAGUAGUGAUGGAUACAUUUACCAGACCUUAUAUUGUACGUAAAGAGUACAUAAAAGAAAUGAUGCAUAGACACCGUACAAUUUUACCCAUAUCCGAAUUUUACCAUGAUUUAUUUUCAGGAAAGUAAUGAAUAAAAAGCUUAUUUUGAUUCCCACGAUUUGUUCCAUGAAUGUCUUUUUCUAAGCAGUCACAUAGAAAAAGCUGGAAAUGUUGUGUUUGAAUUUUGUAAGGGCUUUCUUGAAUAAAUGCGGGCAGGGAGCUACACCCCCUCUCUUUUCUUU